AUGUCCAAUAACCUACAGAGGGUCUUCCUGAAACCUACAGAGGAAAAGUCAGGCAACGCCUCGCACUGUGUUUCAGGCUGCAUGUACCAAGUAGUUCAGACGAUUGGCUCGGAUGGAAAAAAUCUUCUGCAAUUACUUCCAAUUCCUAAUUCCUCUGGAAAUCUUAUACCACUAGUUCAAUCUACAGUCAUGUCUGAUGCUUUGAAAGGGAAUACAGGAAAUCCAGUUCAAGUUACUUUUCAGACUCAGAUUUCCAGCUCUUCCACAAGUGCAUCAGUUCAAUUGCCCAUUUUUCAGCCAGCCAGUUCUUCAAACUAUUUUCUUACAAGAACAGUAGACACAGCAGAAAAAGUUAGAGUUACUUCUGUGGGAACUGAAAAUUUUACCUCAUCAGUUUCUAAAGUUCAGAGUCAUGGUGUGAAAAUUGAUGGACUCACCAUGCAAACGUUUGCUGUUUCUCCCUCCUCAACACAAAAUGAUUCAUCUUAUAUUUUAGUAAAUACCCAGAGUCUUCCAAUGACUGUGAAGUCUCCGGUUUUGCCUUCUGGGCAUCAUUUACAGAUUCCAGCCCAUGCUGAAGUGAAAUCUGUACCAGCGUCUUCAUUGCCUCCUUCAGUUCAGCAAAAGAUACUUGCAGCUGCAACCACAAGUACCUCAGGAACAGUUGAGGCCUCCCAAAUACCAACUGUUAUUUUUGUAUCUCCUGUAAAUACAGUGAAAAAUGUAGUUACCAAGAACUUUCAAAACAUUUACCCAAAACCUGUUACAGAAAUAGCAAAGCCAAUGAUACUAAAUACCACACAGAUUCCAAUGAAUGUUGCUAAAGAGACACAAUUAAAAGGUGGUCAGCAUUCUCAAGCUGCUCCAGUGAAAUGGAUUUUUCAAGAGAAUCUACAGCCUUGCACUCCAUCUCUUGUUCCUGUUAAAUCUUCAAAUAAUGUGGCUUCAAAGAUUUUAAAAACUUUUGUAGAUAGGAAAAGUUUGGGAGAUAAUACUGUAAAUAUGCCACCAUUGAGUACCAUCAGUCCUAGUGGGACACAAUCCAAAAGUAUGCCUAUUAAAGAUAAUGCUUUGGUUAUGUUUAAUGGGAAAGUCUAUCUAUUGGCUAAAAAGGGGACAGAUGUUUUGCCGUCACAAAUUGACCAAGAGAAUUCUGUUUCUCCUGAUAUUCCACCAAGAAAAGAUACAUCACAGAUAGUAAGUUCAAGUCCAGUCACAGAAAUAUCCAGAGAGGUUGUAAAUAUUGUUUUGGCUAAAAGUAAAUCUUCCCAGAUGGAGACAAAAUCACUUUCAAAUACCCAGCUUGCUUCCAUGGCCAAUCUAAGGGCAGAGAAGAAUAAGAAAGUGGAGAAACCAUCUCUUUCUACCCCAAACCCACAUAGUAUGAACCAAUCAAUUAACUACUUAAAGCAGAGUAAGACUUUAUUCUCAAAGCCAGACUUUCCAGAUGGAUUUAGUACAGGACAAAAUUCCCCCAGAAAAGGAAAUAUCAUCCACAGCAUAGAGAAAAUAAGUUCCUCUGUUGAUGCAACAACUGUUACUUCACAACAGUGUGUUUUCAGAGACCAAGAACCAAAGAUCCAGAAUGAGAUGGCAUCAACAUUAGAAAAAGUUACUCAAGAAAGAAAUGACAAGAACAAUUCCCAAGGAAGAAGCAAUAAGGCAUCACAUUUGAACAAUGAUGCUGAACUUAGAAAGAUAUUUGGUCUCACUAAAGAUUUGAGCGUGUGCCUUACUCGGAUUCCUCACCAUUUGGGCUCUGGAGGAGGUUUUGAUUCCUUUAGCUGUUUGGUGAAAAGUGAUACUUACAAAGAGACAGAGUUUAUAGUGAAGGAGGAAGGGAGAAAACAGGGUUUUGAUAAGAAAAGAAAAGCAAAAACCAAUAAGAAGAUGGAUCACACAAAGAAGAGAAGAACCGAGAGUGUUUAUAACACAACUGUAAAUGGAGGAACUAAUGUCACCAGUUCCCAACUCGUUAGCAGUAUUUUACCAACUUCAAAUGUAUCACACCAUAACAUUCUCAGAGGCCGCAACAAAAUCAGGGAAGAAAAGAGAUCUGAGGUAGAACACUGUACCCAUGGGAACGAAGAGAAAGGCACACUGAGUUCAAAUACAGCUUUUGAGCAAAGCCAUUCCUUCAAUAAAAAUUAUACUGAAGAUAUUUUCCCCAUGACACCACCAGAGUUAGAAGAAACCAUUAGAGAUGAAAAAAUACGAAGACUUAAGCAGGUGCUGAGAGAAAAAGAAGCAGCUCUUGAAGAAAUGCGUAAGAAGAUGAACCAAAAAUAA